GCCGGAGCUGCGGUGGGCGCCGCGGCAGGCGGGUUCGCGGCCGUGCAGUUGCUCGAGAGGCAGAGCGCCGAGGCGGCGCCGGCACUGAGGGAGCGCGACGGUAAGUCCGAGGGCCUGCGCCUCCUUCUGUGGCCCGGGUCUCGGGCUGGAGUCCUGCCCCCGGCGCUGGUCGCCGCCUCGACCUGCGGCCGCGGGCCCGGGGGGCCUCUGGUCUUCCCGCCGGGCCUCCCCGCUCCGCUUGGGGCCUCGCCAGCCUCCCGCGCGUCCCUCUCCGCCUUCAUUUUCUCGUCUUCUGCCCCCGAGGUUGCCCCCUGUGUGUUUCCAUGCCUGUGACGUCCGUGGGGUCGUUGGUUCCACAACAGCUCGGAGCGUUUGUCCUCCACCGUCCACACCGUCCAGCACCCGGCGCGAAACUGACAGUACGCGUGGGUGAAGGAUUCGUUAGCGCCUGCGGUUAGCAGCGUAAUUGGCCUCGUUUUGUCUCCGUCCAAGUGAAGAGUACGCGCAGGAACCCUAAAAAUGAAUCCAUCAGAUUUUACUUGCUCCUUCUGAUACUUCGCAUCUAGCAAGAGAACUACUGGGGUUCUGCAGAAAAGUCUCUCUUGGAACAAUUUGGAGUCCCUUUAACUGGAACAGAGACUAGGCAUUACACUAAUCAUGCCUUGUCUUAUGAUCAGUCAAAGCGGGUGCCCAGAUGGGUUCUUGAACAUAUAUCCAAAAGCAAGAUAAUGGGUGAUGCCAACAGAAAACAUUGUAAGUUCAAGCCUGAUCCCAACAUCCCACCAACCUUCAGUGCCUUCAAUGAAGACUAUAUUGGGAGCGGGUGGUCACGAGGACACAUGGCUCCAGCAGGAAAUAACAAAUUUUCAUCUAAAGCCAUGGCUGAAACUUUUUACCUUUCUAAUAUUGUGCCUCAGAAUUUUGAUAAUAAUGCUGGAUAUUGGAACAGAAUAGAAAUGUACUGUCGAGAACUGACAGAGAGGUUUGAAGAUGUCUGGAUAGUAUCUGGACCAUUGACCUUACCUCAGACUGGAAGUGAUGGAAAGAAAACAGUUAGUUACCAGGUGAUUGGUGAGGAUAAUGUGGCAGUCCCCUCGCACCUUUAUAAAGUGAUCCUGGCUCGCAGAAGCCCGACGUCUGCUGAACCGCUGGCACUAGGGGCCUUCGUGGUGCCCAAUGAAGCCAUUGGCUUCCAACCCCAGUUAAAUGAAUUCCAAGUGAGCCUUCAGGAUCUGGAAAAGUUGUCAGGACUGGUGUUUUUUCCUCAUUUGGAUAGAACUAGUGGUAUCAGGAAUAUCUGCUCCGUGGACACCUGUAAGCUCCUGGAUUUCCAGGAGUUCACUCUGUACCUGAGCACAAGGAAGAUUGAGGGAGCCCGAUCAGUACUCAGGCUGGAAAAGAUCAUGGAACAUUUGAAGAAUGCAGGGAUUGAACCGGAUGAUUCCUUCAUGAGCCGCUAUAAGAAGAAGCUAGAAGAACUCCAAGCUAAGGAGCAGGCAGGAACCCUGGAGAGAAACUCAUCUUAGUUUUUUUUUUUUUUUUUUUUUUCUCAGAAGAUAUGUGACAGCAUCUGUAAUGAAGCAGAUGUGUCCUCUUCAGGCUAGUGCAUUUUAGUAGCUUUGCUUGCUUAAAAGAAAUGAUGAACUCCUAAAUUUAAGACUAAAUUUCGCCCCAAAAAGAUGAAAGAUCUAAAAGUUUUGUCAGUUUUUUAUUUGAUGCAAGAAUGGAUUAUUAAGGGAACCGUAGGACCUGCGGAUUGGGUGCUGAUCUUGUGUCGGGUUCACACAGGACUCUGGACACAAGAUGACCUGGUCUUUGUGUCUGUCUGGAUGUUAGCGCGGGAAAGCAUUUUAUUUUCAUGCCUCUGAAUCAUGCACGGUCUUUGAUGUAUCUGCUCAUCUUUCCUGGAGGCCAGUGUCGAAUGUUUUCUUUCUCUAGGACCUGAGUUGGUCUUUGAGGUGGAAUUUGGAUACCCUCUGUGUACUGUCCUGUUACAUAUUUGUUUCUUGCUCCUUCUCUCAUAGAGCUGCUGGUCCUCCAUUUGUGUCCUAUAGAAGCCUUCAGCUACACUUUCUGCACACGAAGUGUGUUCACUAUACCAAGCUCAUUGCUUUACAGCGAUUCUCCGACAUAAAUACCACUGCCCUCAUUUUACGUGUAAAGAAAUUAAGCCUUGGGGAGCUUACAUAUUUUGUCCAGGGUUCACCUUUCCAAAGAAGUAACCCCAGAAGUAGGAGGCAUGUGGGGCUGAGAAGAAAGACAACAUGAAAUAGAUUGAAAUAAUCCUGACACAGAGGCUUUUGACUCAGAACUGUAUUCACAUGGGAAUCGGUGAUCCUGGACCCGUUUGCUAAGAGGGGUCUGGUUUCUUGUCUGCCAUCGAGCAAAAGGGUCCUGAAUGUCCUCUGACAUUGGGAGGCCUCAGCUCUUUGGGAAGAAACAAUCACAGGUGUUUGAAAGUUAGAGGGCAUUGCUUUGUGGGGUUUAUCAGAGCCCCUACUUGCCUCCAGGAAUGCAGUUCUUUUUUUUUUUUAAUAUAUUUUUUUAAAUUUUAUUUAUUUAUGAUAGUCACAGAGAGAGAGAGAGAGAGAGAGGCAGAGACACAGGCAGAGGAGAAGCAGGCUCCAUGCACCGGGAGCCCGACGUGGGAUUCGAUCCCGGGUCUCCAGGAUCACCCCUGGGUCAAAGGCAGGCACCAAACCGCUGCGCCACCCAGGGAUCCCUCAGGAAUGCAGUUCUUUUAGUGACCAGAUGGUGCCAAGUUGAUAUAUUCUUUGCUUUUUAAGGUGAGCAAUUUGUUCCAUAGAUUAAGGGACCUAAUAAAAGUCUGUGCCCACAGAUCCAGGAGCUCAUGAUUUGCUUCCCUGGGUAGUACGGGGCAGGCAGUGCUUUGAGCCAAAUACUCAAAGACAAUUCUCACUAUUUUUAGGGGAAGCAGUGACUUUUUUUCUGAGCCAUGUCUCUGCAUUUGGGUUUACAUGGAAUCCUUUCCCCGGCCUACCAUAAGUAUAGACAGUGAAAUACUUUAAAAUAGGGCCCAGGAGCUUGUCUAAAUGUACCCUAGCUCUGCUGUCUUUUCAAGUGGUAUUACAAGAACAGUUUUUAUGGUGUUUUGUGUGUUUGUAACAAAUGCCAAGGCUUUAAUAUAAAGGUAAGAUGAUAAUGAUUGACCUUGUUCUCCUUUAUUUGGAUAAAAAAGAAAAGUUGGGGGGUGAGAACACAGCCUGAUUAAUACCAGUCUGUUUUAUCACACCGAUCGCCAUUAGCUUAUGCCAGUCCUUCUCAGGGAUAAAGAGCCAAAAUGUCACUGUGUCCAAAAAAUAUGUUGCGCUCUCUCCUUGUGGGAGGGGUGAUGAUGGGGCCUGGUGUAGUGUUGUCCCAGAGCCUGAGGGGGCAGCUCUGUGGGAGAAGUCCUCUAUCUCCAGAGGUGAGCCCCCCCCCCCCCCCCCCGUCUGGCUCUGUGCCCAGUUCUGGCCUGAAUUUCCUUCAGCCUUGGCCUUGCCAUGCUCCUCUCACUCCUGUCCCUCCACCUAGAUGGUGGAGGAUCUUGAUUUUUAGGUCAAUAAAUUGAAGUGCUUUAGGUUUUUAGUAUGAAAAGUGCCACUUGGUCAUUGUGAAAAAUAGAAAUCCAUGCUUGUAAUAAAAAAACAAAACAAACAAAAAAAACGCAGUCUCCCUAUCUUCAUUUUCACAUGGAAGAGUUGUAUUGGUAUACAAGGAGUGAUGCUUGACUUGUCUGAACACUUCCGUUAAGAUUCCGUUAAGAGUCCCUCCAGAACAAACUGAAAUGUAAAUACUCGGCAGAGCUUAGAAUUUUCCCCAGGAUCAAAUCACUUCAGCCUACCCUGGUAGGACUGCUGAUAUUUGCUCUCGGAUGCAGGAGAACCCCAGGCCACUCCCCAGCACCAGGUCUGUCCCCUGAUUGAAUAAGCUCCUCAUUACCCACCUGAACCAGUCAGCCUCCAGUUGGUCCCUCCUUGGGGUCAGCCAAAUUCUCAGGCCAGGCUUAGGACUCCCCCUCCUGUCUGGUGAUGCUCAGGGAGGAUCUUGGCUGAGGAGAAGUCUGCAGCCAUCUUUAUGGGCUCUGCUGCCAGAAGCUCUAUCUGUAGGUGAGGGGCAUUCCCUGGUCUCACCCCCAGUGACAUCUUUGAGACUCCAGGCUCUCUUUGGUCUCUG